AUUUACAAUUGCUUGACCCUUUGCCUCCAAAGCUCGACAAUAACAGUGGAAAAAUUACAAACAAAUUUAAUCAAAAUAAAGAUAACAAAAAGUAUGGAAUCACCGAUGUUAUCGUUGGGCAUGAAGAAAAACUUAAUAAACUUCAGAAAUUAUACAUAACUAUACAAUACUGCAAAGGUAAUAAUAUUAUUUUAAUAGAUUCAGGGUAUCAAAUGAAAUACUAUACGUAAUGAAUUUAGUGAGAUGGCUUUUUUGAGCAUUAAGUUUCCUAUUCAUAUUGUUUACUUAUAUAAAUACGUAUAUAAGUUAGUGGAUUUUAUGAUUUAAACGAUAUCGGCCAAAAUAUAACUGUGAUCGGAUUAUUUUUUCCAUAAAAUUUGCAAUGGAGAAUCCAAUUUUUUAUGAUUUUAAUUCUAAAAUUUGGAAAAAUUUAACACCAAUAAAUGAAAAUGUUAAAAAGAUUAAUUUAGGUGAAAUUAUUUUAAAGCAAUUAAGUGAAUAUAAUUCAGAGAAAAUAAUUGAAAUAAAUAUAGAUAGUGAAAUUAGAACAAAUGCUUCAGAAAUGAAAAAUUUAACAAUUAAUUUUGCAUUAAAUCUUCAAAAACUUGGAAUAAAGAAGGGUGAUGUUGUUGUAUUUUUUUCAUCAAUGAAUCCAUUUACAACACCAUUAAUUUAUGCUUGUAUCAUUAUCGGUUCAAUAUUUGUUCCACUUGAAAUUCUAUAUACAAACGAUAUUAUUGAACAUGUAUUUGAAUUAGUUAAUCCAACUGUAAUAGUAUAUGAUAGUGUUUAUCAUGAUAAAUUAACUGGAAUCAUAAAUAAUUUCGAAUAUAAAAAUUUAAAAUAUUUUUUGUCAUUUGAAUCAAGAAAUAAUGGAAAUUCAGUUCUUCAAAAAUUAUAUGAACCUGAAAAUUCAAUAGAGGAUAUUGAAAAUUUUCGUGCACCAAAUCUAGGAGAUCCUCAAGAAGUUUUAUCUGCAUUUGUUUUAACUUCUGGUACAACCGGUAAACCUAAAUUAAUGGCUCAUUCUCAAACAUAUUUGGGACAAGGAGCUACUACCUAUUGGAAUGUUGAUUAUACCCAUAGAGUUUAUGUUGCUAGCCCUAUGCGCUGGGUAUCACAAAUUUCUGCAAUUCUUCAACCAAUUUUACAGCAAUGCACAAGAGUAUAUAGUACACUACCACCAUCACCACAGUUUUGUGCUGAAGCUAUUCAAAAAUAUGAAGUUACACAUUUCUUUAGUGUAGCAACUUUAAUGAAACAAGUUCUUGAUUAUGCAAUUAAUCAACGAAAAGAUCAUAUUAAAAGUUUACAGGCAAUAUUAACAGGUGGUGAGAGAAUAUCAACAAGAAUUUUACAAAAUAUUGCAAGCCUUAAUUCCAAUUGUAUUGUUAUACAAUGCUAUGGAAUGACUGAACUUGCUGGUUGUAUAAGUAAUAAUAUUGGAACAAAUAUGAAAGGUGGUUCUUUUAUUUUACCUGGAUUUGAAUUAAAAAUUACAAAUGAAGAUGGUCAAUCAUUGGAUUACAAUCAAAAUGGUUUAAUUUGUGUUAAAACUAGUACAAAAUUUGGAUCAUAUUGGAAAAGUGAUGAGGCAAAUCGAAAUUCUUUUUCAAAUGGUUGGUUAAUAACCGGUGAUUAUGGUAAAGUUGAUGAAAAUAAUCAACUUCAUAUUUACAAUAGAUUUAAAGAUUUAAUCAAACUCGAUGGAAAUUAUAUAAUUCCAAGUUUAAUAGAAGCUGAAAUGGAAUCCCAUCCACUAUUAGAUGCUAGUUAUAUUGUUGGUAUCCCACAUGAAGACCCAAAAAGAGGAGAAAUUCCUAUUGCAUUUUGUAAAAUCAAUAAAAUCAAUUUACAGGAAUCUAAAUUGAAUUUAGAUCAGGCAAAACAGGAUAUAAUAUCAUAUUUAGAUACGCAUUUGCCAAAAGAUCAAAUUCCACCAACGGAAAUAUUCUUCAGAGAUGAAUAUCCUUACACAAGUUGUGGAAAAGUUGACAAAAUAUCACUUAGAAAUUGUGCUAUGGAAAAACUUAAAAUACAAACAUACAAGAGUACCCAAUUUAAUCCGCAAAGAAUUUUUCUCUUUUUGAAAAUUCAAUCAUUUACAAUAAUGUUUUCAAAUAGUUCAAUUAGUACACUAACUGAUGAAUUUAAUUUAAUAUUGGAUGAUAAUAUCCUAUGGGAUAAAAAUUAUCAACCUUUAAUCAAUGAGGAUAUUUCUUUAGGCCAACUUUUAUUGCAUAUGCUUAAGCAUGAUAGUGAAAAAAUAUUGCAAGUGUGUUAUGAUACCGAAACACAAUUUACUGGUCAUGAUUUAAGGAUUAUGAGUAUACGUGUUGCACAAAAUUUCAUGAGAUAUGGUAUUAAACAAGAGGAUGUUAUUGGUUUUAUAGCUAGUAAUACAAAAUAUUUAGCACCAAUUAUUUUUGGUAUUAUUUAUUGCGGUGGACAACUUAAUUCAUUGGAUCCAUCAUUUGACAAACAUGAAAUUAUUCAUAUGUAUCGUAUUACAAAACCUAAAUUUAUAUUUUGUGAUAAAAAUAUUUAUAAUUUAGUGAAGGAAGCAAUUAAUGAAUUAAAUUUAACAUGUCAAAUAUUUGUUAUGGACGGUGAAAUAGAUGGUGUUACAUCAGCAGAAAUAUUUUUGAAACCAACUGGAAAUGAAGAUCAUUUUGUACCAAGUAGAUUAAAUCUUGGUAGUGAUCAAACAUUUGCAAUUAUUUGUUCAUCUGGAACAACAGGAUUAUCAAAAGGUGUUUGUGUUUCUCAUCGUUCAAUGAUUCACAAUAUUAUGAGUUUUAACGAUUCAUUUACACCUUUUAAUGUAUAUACUUGUUUUAGUACAAUUUAUUGGAUUUCCGGUUUAUGGUCAUUAUUAUUAUGUGCAAUACGUGGAUUUAAACGAAUAAUAACUCAUCAACAAUUUAAUCCAAAAUUAAUUUUAGAAAUUAUUGAAAAAUAUAAAGUUAAUUUUCUUUUAACACCACCAAGUCAAAUUGCGUUAACUGUUGAAAGUGAAGAGAUUAAAACAUUUGAUUUAACUUCAGUACGUGCAUGGUUUGUUUCUGGUAGUGCAUUACCAUUAAAUGUAGCUAAUAAAAUGAAAGAUUAUUUAGCAAAUGGUAAAAUUUUAAAUGGUUAUGGUAUUACGGAAGUUGGAAAUAUAAUUUGUCGAGAAACAUAUUCUGAAAAUCGAACAGGUUCUGUUGGUAAAGUAAUUCCAUAUAUUAUGUUAAAAAUUGUUGAUGAGGAUGGUAAUAUAUUGAGUCCAAAUCAAAAUGGUGAAAUAUUAGCACAUAAUCGUUGCCGAUGGUUUGGUUAUUACAAUAAUGUUACUGAAACAACAGAAGUAUAUACAGAAGAUGGUUGGAUUAGAACUGGAGAUGUUGGUUAUUUCGAUGAUGAUGGAUUUAUUUUUUUAACAGGUCGUAAAAAAGAAAUCAUGAAAUAUAAAAAUUUUCAUUUUUAUCCAAAUGAAAUCGAAAAUAUUAUCCAUCAAAUACCUGAUGUCUUAGAAGUUUGUGUAUGUGGAAUACCGGAUGUAAUUGCAACAGAUUUACCAGCAGCAGCUAUUAUUAAAAGAUGUGAAAGUAAUUUAACAGAAGAUGAUAUUUAUAAAUAUGUUGAAAAGAAUAUGGUGCAUUUUAAACAUUUACGAGGUGGUGUUUAUUUUCUUGAGAAGUUUCCAAAAGCUUCAUCUGGAAAAAUUUUAAGAAAAAAAGUCAAAUUGAUCUUAGAAGAACUUUAUAAGGUUAAAAAUAAAACGACAAUUUAA